GUAAUAUCGAAUAUAAUGCUGCCCAAUAUAUGACUGACAAAAUAUCCGUUUCCUGGUCAGGCUUUGAGGCAGAUAUGGGAAUUGAUCACUUUGAGGUUGGUAUUUCAUCAAGACCGCCAUUAUAUCCUAAUGGAACACAUGACUGUUAUACAUUUAGGGAUUUCGAUGAGGUUUUUAACACCAAGAAGAUGGAAGGAGUGGGGAAAGACACUUUCAAAGAUUUAAAACAGUUAUCUCUUCUUCACGGUCACAGUUACUUCGUCACUGUUAUUGCGGCAGAUGUUACAGGCAAAUGUGUUGGAAGCACUGGCAAAGCGGUCAUUAUUGACACAUCACCCCCUGAAAAGGGAAACGUUACCAUCCGAGGAAAAUAUUCUGAUAAUAUUGUUUACAUCAAACAUUAUGAUCAGAUAACUAUUGAAUGGAAUGGAUUUCAAGAUAACGAAUCUGGUAUAUUGGAAUAUGAAAUAAAGUUGUAUUCUUCAACAACAUGCUAUGAUGACGGUAGUGACCCAGAAAAAAAUACAGAUAUUCAUACACCAGAAAAAGCUGUAACUGUCAAAACUGAGAACAAAAUUACGUUUUAUGAAUUAUCUCUGAAGCAAUUUAAAACAUACAUUGUCAAAGUGACAGCUAAAAGUAAAGCUGGACUUCAGACUUCAAGUUUGUCGGAAUACAUCAAAUGCGAUACAACUCCACCGACGAAAGGAACAGUUAAAGUUGGUGACAGCUGGUUCAAAGAAGCUGCAUUCCAGCCUUUUACAGAUAAAUUAAAUGGAACAAUCGCAUUAGCACAUUCCGAAAUGGCAUAUCAGUGUCAAAGUCAAAGACCAUUGGACGCACAAAAUGAACUGGAACCUAUGAAAGGACGUUUCCGAACUGAAUGUGUCAUUACGUCAGAUUCAAAAGUGAAAAUUGAAAUCCGUCAUGAUGAUAAUUUACGUGGCAUCAUUAAAGGAGGUGUAAAAUCGAUAAAGAAAGAAAUAAUAGCAGGAAAUUAUUCCAGUAAACUCACAACUGCUAGAGGUAAACAGAUGGUGACUUCAAUUUUUCUUGCAACUGGAAGUCAAUUUGUUAAAGAAGAAUUAGAUUUUCAAGUUAAAGAAAAUCAAACUGACAUCGAUUAUGAUUUAAACAAUACUUUAUCUGAUUCCUUUUCAAACAUAACAAAUUUUGAAACUUCCAAUAUGGAAAUGUUAAAUGAUUCGAAAAUGUUGAAUAAAAGUACAGUGAACUCCGGCAUGUCCAAAAAUAUAAACCAUACAUCAAAUGUCGAAAAGAGUUCUGUUUUAGGAUUAAACGAUAUUUUUGGCAUUGGAUUUCACAUACCAGGAUACACAAAAGAUAAGCAGUGGUUUGUUUUCGUAUGGGUAUUCGACCAGUACAUCUCAACAUCUAGACAAAUACCAAUAGACUUUGACCCAACCGUUUCAAAUGUAGAAUAUACCAUCCAAUUAACAAACAGCACAUUUGUUGGAAAAAAUGUCUGGAAUGUUAAAUAUUUCAUACAAUCUGAACAGAUUGCAGAAUUUAAUGGCUUGCGAUUUGAAGAAUAUGGAACAUUUGGUGUCUAUAACUGGAACGAAAAUGAAUACGUGCCACCUAUAGAAAAUAUCGAUUUUCCUGUUGCAUUUGAAGCUAGUAGUACCAUAGAGAUAAUGAAAGAACCGAUUCCGGCUGACAAGCCCUGUAUGUUCGGGUCGUCAUUUUUUGAAAAGGACAGUUUUAUUCAAGAGUUUUGGGUUAAGGUGUCUGAGUAUGAGAAUGAGACAGAUACUUCAUUUGAUGAUUAUUUGUUAUAUGCUUCAUUCUGCCAGAAAUGUACUGAAAAUUGUAAUAUUGGAUGUAGGCAAGAUUGCAAGCCCUCUAUGACAGAGUUUGAAAUAUUGCAAUUCACCAUUGAAAAUCUUAACCUGACAGCAUCAAAAAUGUCUGGUGACAGGACAAAUGGAAGCGCCGUUCAAUACGAUUCUACAACUUAUUUCAUCCAUACUCUAAUUGUCAAUUCUGCAGGCAUCACUACUCAUUCCGCUUCUAAGGGUGUAAUUAUUGAUAACACCCCACCAGAAUUUAAUUAUGUCCGAUGUGUCGAUCCCCUGUCAUCAACAGAGGAACCCUCUCUAUAUCAGGGAUCAAAUGAUAGCUUAAGAGCCUACUGGGAUUGCAAAGAAGAUGUUGGUCAAAUUGUCGACUAUAAAAUAGAUGCUGGCACAUCACCAGAAAAUAAUGACAUAUUGAGUGACCUACCAGUCGGAAAAGGAAGGAAGUUUUUAUACUCUAAUCUGAAGACUCCUUUGGAACACGGUAAAACGUAUUAUAUUACUGUAAGGGCUGUGAAUUCUGCUGGUAUGGUCGGAAAGGGGUCCUGCAAUAUUAUAGUGGAACUAUCCCCACCUAAUGUCGAAAAUCUAAUUGUGCAAAACAUGUUUACUCAAGAUGAUGAAGAAACUUUCGAUGUUUCAUUGUCAACCAACGAAAUUGGACUUCAAUGGCAAAAUGGAACAAACGACGUUGAAUUUUAUGAAUGGCAAAUUGGAUCUGAGAAAGAUACUGACGACAUAUUUCCAAGAAUAAAAGUUGGGCUUGCGGACUCCAAGAAAGCAUCUAUUCAGAAUGGUGAACUUUUGAUUGAUGAUAUAUCUCUAAAUGCAACAGUGGGUGUUUUUGCCUCAAAAAACAAAACUAAUCAAAAAGAUGUACCAAACCAGUCGUUCUUCAAUAUGGAGCCAGGAUUAUGUUUGCAUAUUAAAUUGUUUGCUGUUGGGAGAUCACAUCUGUCGAGCAGCGUAAAUCCUAAACCGACAUGCGUUAUUCGUGACAAAGAUGAACAGAUUGAUUUUACCAAAACAACAAAGGAAACGUUAAAAGAUCCAGUGACUUUAAUGCCUGCAUUGUCUUUUACUGGUAAAGAUAAUGUAAUUCUUGCUGGAAUGCUUUCAAAGUCCGAUGUCAUGCGUGAUUAUGGUACUGCAGCUUCUGAUCGUUAUAAGCGUUAUAUAGUGGAUCCAACUGAUACUCAGAACAACACUGAAAGAAUUCUUCAGAAAAGAUUUAUUGGCAAUACGGAGCAUAUGUUUUACCUGUCACCAAUAACGAAUAUCGAGACCAAGUUUAUAUUAGAUUUGCCAUUCAACCAUCACAAAUACGAUGUCAAUCAGGAGCGCCCCCUUUUGAUCUUCUGGAACAAAGAAAAUGAGAAAUGGGAAGAUGUUGAGACAAACUGCGAGACAUCAUCAGUCAUUGAUUACCAGACAGGAACAAUGACAAUAGAGGUAUGCGGCGAUAUCUUUCUCGUUGACAAGAGGCAUGAAGGGAGGCAAAAACGGAGCACAGCUGAAAAAGGAAUAAUGCAAUCCCCAAGAAUGUUUGCUUUAAGAAAGGUAUCAAAGACCGUCCCAAAUAACCCGCCAUUCAUUACAACAACUGAAAUGCAGUACAAAGAAGAUGAAACAUCGUCAGAGUUGAUCAAGAUGGGUGAUCCAGAGAAUGACUCACUAUCUAUCAGAUUAACUAUGCCACCAAAACAUGGAUCGGCCAACCUCACAUCAAAUGGUGUCUUAACUUACCUCUCUCAUCGUGAUUUCUAUGGGGAUGACGUCAUAACCGUGAGAGUCCGUGAAGUCAAUGUCACAUCUCCAUUGACGCCUCUCGAAAUCGAAAAAAACAUCACAAUUAGAGUUCUUCCCCAAAAUGAUGAACCUAUUUUAUCAUUUAAACAAAGGUACCAUGAAAUGAAAUGCACCAAAAAUAACAUCACCUUGGAAGUUCUAUUGAAUGGAAAUGAAACUAGACAUAUCUUCUAUGGAAUUCUCAUAUUGGACGAUAUUGAUAGCAAUAACACUGUACAUUUAGGGACUAUGCACAAUAAUACCCCCAAUAAUCAUUUCGUGCUUGAACAACAACGGCACAAUGUGGCGAAUUUUGGUCAUAACGGCGUUCAUAGGGAAUAUAGCAUCAAGCAAGAUAUACACAAAUCAUUCAGUGGGAUUGCAGAGUUUGCAGCCCGUGCUCAUGAUGAAUUUGACGGAGGAAAAGUUUCUUUCAGCAAGGAAUUUAGAAUCAGUACUUACAUUUUAAUUAAUCCCUGUAUCCAUGGUAUUUGUGCGAAUAAAAGUAAUGUUCCCUGCAAGGACAAAUCACGAGCUUUCAGUUUCGAAAAUUUCCGUUGUGAUUGUUAUCCAGGAUAUCGAGGUGACUGGUGUCAAGUAGACAUUAACGAAUGCGUUCCAAAUCCCUGUUCUGUUUUUUAUGACUGUAACAAUUUGAUUGGACGGUACGAAUGCAUCUUGAAUGGUCCUAAAUCCUUUGGUCUUGCCAUAGGUUUCACUGUUAUUGUGGCUACACUUGUCCUUCUGAUCCGACGAUGCAUUCAAAAACGACCUCUGAAUAACAAAAUUGCACCAAUUAAUAUCUGGGAUGAAAAUAUGACUCGAGAGAACUCUGAGCCAAAGGACUUUCCACUAGAUACAUUAACUGCUGAGUUAUCGACAGCACAACCAGCCAACUCUGUCGCUACGGAAACAAAGAACAAGCGGUUAUUUUUUAAACGACUUGGCACUAAAGGGCAUGAGGUAAAGGGUGGAUCUGGAAGCCUGCAUGAAAUUGAAAAUGAUCAAGAUUUCAAUAUAGACGAAAACCAACUAAGCAGAAGAACUGUGUUGUCGGAGGAGCAGAUCCAGGCCAUGUUGACACCCUUGUCAUAUUACAGUUCUGCUGUUGGAAAGAGUCUUCCGCCUCACCUACAGAGGGGGCGUAUGGAGGAAAGGAUGAGCCACGACGGUCCAAAGUCCUCGCAGGCAUAAAACUGUCGACAAGAAAGCGAAUUUAAUAACUUUUAUUUUUUCACACAUUUAACCAGAGCUUGUACCCUAAAUGUGAAUUUGUGUUGACUAGUAUUAAACUGACUUGCAUUUCUA